CUUUUCUGUGGCUGUCUGUGCGCGAAAGCUACUGCAGCUCCCGGGUGAUCUGGAGUUAUUUUCUCGGAUAUUCCUUCCAACCCGAUACUUGCAGUGGGUGUGGGUCCCUUCAAUGAGUAGAUGCAUACUACCCGCGCCGGAUUUUUCACCAUUCAUCCCAUCCCCAGAGAUUUGGGAUUUAUCGAUGCCAUGGAGGAUUUACUUCACCAUGCCUCUCGAUUCAUCGGAACGUUGGUUUGCAGUUUGCUAUGUGCUGGUUUGUUAAGCUUUGCGUUGUAAAGCACGCCUCCGAUGUUUUUGCCGGAAAUUCCGAUGCUUUACCAAAAAAGAAAUGUUCGGCACCUAGUAUAGGUCGUGCUGCUUUUAUACUUGCCGCUUCUUCCGCAUUUUACUAGAUGCGUUUCAUACUUCUUCGAAGUAGUUUGGCUGUUACAAAUCCAUCCAAAGAAGAAAAAGAUUGCCGACUGCGACGAAACACACACUCUGUGUGCGUUUCGUUUGGGUACUUUUGGUAUUUCUCUCCUGAUGAUCUAAAGAAGUAGUUGUUUAUAUUCUUGAUCUUGUCCUUAACCUGUAGUGCUGUUAACUUGCAUCUGCGUGUUUGCGCUGUGCCUUUUUGGUUUGUGUUGUAGAUAGGCGUUAAUUGCCACCUUAACAAUGAAAUGAUGUAUUGAUGUUCACGUUCCCAUUGCCUCGAUUUCAGAGUUGGGAAUUUUACUAUGAUCUCCUGUGCGUAUUGCUGAUUGUAUAAAUGUUUCUAUGACAAGUUCAGUUCUAAUUACUAGACAGACUUUUACAGCUGUACAAAGACAUUAUUUGUAAAUGAUUCUAUGAGACUUACAAGUCAGUGUAUGUCUAUUCAUUCGUAUUCUAAUGAUUGCAGGUUAAGUUGCCUUUUCGAUUCUCAGAAAAAGACUGGCUCUGCACUCGGAUAAUUUUAAAAUGGAUAGUGCACAGCAGCCCACUGGGGAAUUGAACAAUUCGUUCGAUACUCUUAUGGUUUCUGGAGGUGACCAGAGUCGACAGCCUCAGGAUGCUGGCAAUGAAACGAGCUUCACGAAUUGGAAAGACCUCCCCAUGGAGCUGCUCCUGCGUAUCAUUUCACUAGUUGGAGAUGACAGGAUAGUCAUUGUGGCCUCCGGUGUAUGCACAGGAUGGCGUGACACCUUGGGGUGGGGGGUUGCAAAUCUUUCACUAUCAUGGUGCCAGGACCGCAUGAAUGACUUGGUGAUAUCACUGGCUCACAAAUUCACGAAGCUGCAAGUUCUAUCUCUACGCCAGAUCAGGCCUCAGCUAGAAGACAGCGGCGUGGAGGCCGUGGCAAACCACUGCCACGACCUGCGCGAGCUGGAUCUCAGCAGAAGCUUCAGGCUGAGCGACCGGUCCUUGUACGCCCUGGCGCACGGGUGCCCUCAGCUUACCAGGCUCAACAUCAGCGGGUGCUCCAGUUUCAGCGACGUGGCGCUCGUGUUCCUCUCCAGCCAGUGCGGGAACCUGAGAUGCCUGAACCUGUGCGGGUGUGUGAGGGCGGCCUCUGACAGAGCGCUACAGGCCAUCGCCUGUUACUGUGGCCAGCUGCAGUCGUUGAACCUGGGCUGGUGUGAUGGCAUCACUGACAAGGGGGUGACCAGCCUGGCUUCGGGAUGCCCUGAACUCAGGGCCGUCGACCUGUGCGGCUGUGUUCUUAUAACAGAUGAGAGCGUGGUUGCGCUGGCGAACGGCUGCCUUCACCUGCGCUCCCUGGGUCUCUACUACUGCCAGAACAUCACGGACCGCGCCAUGUACUCCCUGGCCGCCAACAGCCGCGUGAGGAGUCGGGGCCGGGGCUGGGACGCGACAGCGAAGAGCGGCGGCGGUGGCAAGGACCGGGAGCGGGACGGACUGGCGAGCCUGAACAUCAGCCAGUGCACGGCGCUGACCCCGCCCGCGGUGCAGGCGGUGUGCGACUCGUUCCCGGCGCUGCACACGUGCCCGGAGCGGCACUCGCUCAACAUCAGCGGGUGCCUCAGCCUAACCUCCGUGCACUGCGCCUGUGCGCUGCACCCUCACCGGGCCGGGCGAGUCAUCCUCUCCAACCACGCCUACUGAACGCAAUGCGUGAAUAGGCGGCGAUGCUCAGAUGUGUGGAUAGGCCGUUCAACCGUGAGCGACGGUGUCCGCUGUUUAUGUGAGGUGCUUGUUUUGUGUUUAGGCGUCAAGGCGUGUACUUGGGGUCUCUACUCUCUAGGGAACCGUGUAGAAGCAACCGAGUUGAGUUCAUCGUCUGUAAAAACAUGGACUGUAUCUGACUAUCUGUUGUCAUGUC